AUGGAUCGACGCGCGCCUAGUCAUUCGCAUCAUAGCUACUAUUGGGACGACUGGACGGGUCCCGACGACAUGCGAGCCAUGUGGGACCUGCCGGGCGUGAGAACGGUGUGGGAACGGAGGCGAGAAGCAUCGGGGAAGGUUCCGUUCGAGAUGAAGCGGGUCGGCGACAAGCUCGUGCCUUACAUCGGCCUUGAAGAGCUCCAAGGAGUGACGCUCGUUCUCCUGCGCCGCCACUUCAGCGGGCGGGGCAAGCGGUUGUGGCCGACAGGCUUGGCGGGAAAUGAAGGCGACGCGGUGCUGGCAGUGUGCGCGGUGGCGCGCGUGGAGAGCGCGUGGCAGCCCCUGGCGUACCGCUUCGAGCCCCGCCUUGGGGAGGCGAGCACUGGGCUUAUGCAGGUAAGCGGAUGUGCUGCAGUCGUCAGCGGAGUGGCUAGCAAGGGACAUGGGGUGCCGCGCCUACUCACCUGCCUCUUCUAUCUUUUGAGACGUCUUAAAAGUCACUUCCCUCUUCUCCUGCCGUGCUUGCAACUGCAGGUGCUGCAAUCGUCAGCGGAGUGGCUGACGAGGGACAUGGGGUAUCGCGCCUACACCAUAGACUGGUCCUCCUCCAUGCUCUACCGGCCCUUUGAGGCCAUGUACUAUGGCAUGGCAUACCUUGCAUCACUCAUUCUCAGUACCACCCCUUGUCCCUGUCCACGGGCCAUUCCCUUGCUGCAGGUGCUGCAAUCGUCAGCGGAGUGGCUGGCGAGGGACAUGGGGUACCGCGCCUACACUGUUGACUGGUCCUCCUCCAUGCUCUACCGCCCCUUCGAGGCCAUGUACUAUGGCAUGGCGUACAUUGCAUGGCUCACCACCUACAAGGGCACCACGCAGAGUGAGGAGUAUGUGGUGCGAGCGUACAACGGCGGGCCGGGUGGGUGGGAGAAGCCAUCCACAGCAAGGCACUGGAGCAAGUACCUGCAGGCGAAAGAGGAGAUACUGCGUAUGCCACGCGGCGCAUCUGCCCCAUCCGUUCUGCCCACGUCAGCAGCAGCAUCUCAACCGCCAGCCAGAUCCCCCUUCCCGCCCACACCACAAUCCACACAUCCAUCACACAAUCCCGGCACAACUCCCAAUCCUGCUCUACCUGCCAACCCUGCCUGGUCUGCUGCACCCACGUCCGCCCCAGGGGGACGGUUCUUGGGCAAUCUAGCCACUGCCAAUCACCCCCAAGCACCCAACCCAGCCGUCCCACUCACCCCGUUUGCACCAGCAGCCCAACAAGCACCCUUCCAGUCAACCCAGCAAGCACCCUAUGCAUCAGCCCGGCCUGCUGCCGUCCCCUCCACCUCACAAGGCAUCUCCCCUCAUUCGCCUGCUCCCUCUGCCAAGGACGCCCCUGGUCCUAUGUGGGCCCCACCUCCUGUGCCGCCCACAGCAGCCCGUCAACCCGCCUACCCCUCUGCCUCACCUGCUCCUGGUCCCUCUCCCUCACAACCAUCCUAUCCCUCAAUCACACAACCUUCUUAUCCCUCUCCCUCCCAACCUCCGUAUCCCUUCACCCCCCAACCUUCCUAUCCCUCUCCCUCCCUACCCCCCUACCCUUCUUCCUCGCAACCACCCUAUCCCUCUGCCCCCCAAACUUCCUAUCCCUCUCCCUCCCAACCGCCCUAUUCCUCUGCCCCCCAACCUUCCUAUUCCUCUCCCUCCCAACCGGCUUAUCCCUCUCCCCCCUAUACCUCUCCCUCUCAACCCCUCUACCCUUCUCUUCCACAACCUUCCUAUCCCUCUGCCCCACAAUCCCUCUACCCCACUCCCCCCCAACCUCCCUAUCCCUCUACCCCCGAACCUCUCUAUCCAUCCAUCUCACAGCCUCCCUAUCCUUCUCUCAGUGACGCAACACCCCCACCGCCACAACCCCCUUUCAGCAUGCCCCCGCCACCUGCUGCAGCACCAUCACCCCCACAAGCACCCACUCCCUCCAGCAAUGACGCACCUACCCCUCCUGCGGCCCCUGCAACCCAGUCUGCUCCCAAGGGUCGAUUCCUGGGCAACCUGGGUGCCCUCAGACCGCAUAAAUGA